AUGCUUACCAUCGGGAUUGCCGCAGACGUCACCAGGAAGAAGCCCUAUACGGCUCUGUUCAUGGAUGAGAAGUUUGUGCGUACGGUGGACCCCGGUGUGGCCAUUCAAAGACAGGGUGCUGUCGCUGGCGACGUCGCCCGCAUUAUCCGCAUAGCUGUGCCGAUACGCUCUAUGCCUAUUGGAACUACCGUGGAUACUGCUGGUGUCGUGUAUUACCGUGUUUACACUAAAUCGGUUAAUGUUGUGCCAGCUACUGGUACUAGCUCUACUGGUGCAAGAAUUGGCUUAUCGAUAACUCACGCUUUGUCCGCGUCUGACCUCGAAGGACGAUUCUUUAAACGCUAUGGCG